CUAUAUGGGGUUCGGAAUAUAUGGGCUCUAUAUGGGCUCUAUAUGGGCUGUUCCGAACGGGACCCCCCCCCACCUCCCCCCGACGGCUCCGGAACGCGGCGCUGUCGUGUCCCCCCCCCCCACGCGGGGCAGGGGCCGCGGGGGCGGCGGCGCCGGCUCGGUAUAAAUAGAGCCGGGCUCAGCAUGGGGGGGGGGGGGCGAUGGCAGAGAAAUUCCUCCCCUCCCACGAACCGAACCGGACCCGCUCUGUCCCGGGGCUGCUCGCUCUGAAGCCCCCCCCCCACCCGGUGCCCGGACCCGGCUGCGAUCCCAUAACCGGGAGGUGGCACCGACACGGUGACAGCCGUGAUCCCACUCACAUACGGUGUCCCCCCCCCACCCCCCGUAGGCUCCGGUUGCUCGAGCCCCUGCCCGGGACCCCCAACCCCCGUGUCUUCACGUUGCUCUGCCCGACGGGACCCCCCGGUUCCGCCCUGCUCGCAGCCGCUCCCUCCGUCCCGGUUCGGUUCAGGGGGGGGGAUGGGGCGGUCCUACGGUUCCCCCCCCCCCGUUUCAUCCUCCCACGCCGCGCUCAGCGGGGGCGGCAGCCGCGGGUUCCGCCUCCGGAGCCUCCCACGCCGCAGCCGCAGCCGGGGCCGCUGCUAUUUCUCGGUACCGCCCGUGUGGGCGGCGCGCAGAGCGGAGCGACUCGGCGGAGCGAACGAGCACGGCCCGGAAUCGGGACCCCCGAACACCCCCCCGAGCCCCCCGGUACCGUCCGUCCAUGCCCACGGGGUUCGCGUAGCGGCCGGACGGGGCUGCAGCCCGCGGCUUCACCAUGGCCGUGCCCCGCACGCUGGGGGAGCUGCAGCUGUACCGGGUUCUUCAACGUGCCAACCUGCUGGGUUACUACGAGACCUUCAUCCAACAAGGAGGGGACGACGUGCAGCAGCUUUGCGAGGCUGGCGAGGAGGAGUUCUUAGAGAUCAUGGCGCUGGUGGGAAUGGCCACCAAACCGCUGCACGUCCGCCGACUGCAGAAAGCGCUGCGGGAGUGGGCGUCCAACCCGGGGCUCUUCAGCCAGCCGGUACCGGCCGUGCCCGUCAGCAGCAUCCCCCUCUUCAAGCUGAACGACGGCCGCAAAUCGCUCAGUAACGGGCACAGCAGCCCCGGAGAAACUGCGGGGAAAGGGGGGGGCAACGCGGGGACGCCCCCAGCCCGCAGCCCAACGGAGCCGUCGGAGAAGUUGUCGCCGUCGGGGGUGUCGCCGUGGCCGGGGAGGAGCACCCCGGAAUCGGAGGGUGGAGGGGAUGAGGAGCCCGGAGCUCCUCCGUUCUCACCGGGGGGCGCCGAGCAGCCGUCGGGGGGCGAUGUGUUGGAACCGGAGUUGGUGCGGACGGUGACGGAGAGCGUGGAGAGGCUGCUGCAGAGCUGCCCCCGGGGGGGGGACGCGGAGCUGCGGGCUCUGUUGAAGCUCAAUAAGAAGUUGGCCAAAGCCGUGGGGCACAUCUUCCAACUGGAAGACGGAGACCGGCACAAGGAGGAGGAGAUCCGACGGCACAGCGCGAUCUACGGGCGAGGGGAUGCGCGGCGAAGGGAGGGCAAACAGCUGACACUGCACGAGCUCAUCAUUAACGAGGCUGCGGCUCAGUUCUGCCUGCGGGACAAUUCGCUGCUGCUGCGGCGCGUCGAGCUGUUCUCGCUGUCGCGACAGGUCGCGAGGGAGAGCACCUACCUGUCCUCGCUCAAGGUGUCCAGGGCGCAGCCCGAGGACGGCGGGGCCGGCGCGGCCAAGCGGCUCAAACAGGAGGUGGGGGAGCAGAGCCGCCCCGACCCCCCCCCCUCAAUGGGAUCGGAGCUUCACGCAGCCCCUUAUCGCAAUGAGGAGGAUGCGGGGGGAGCGGCCGCAGACAGCCUGGACGGGCAGGCGGUGGGGCUGUGUCCCCGUUUGACCCCCCCGCCCGGCGUUGCCCCCGAUGGUCCCAUCGCGCUCCCCCCGCACGGGCUUUGGAGCCGUCACAUUCUGCAGCAGACGCUGAUGGACGAGGGGCUGCGCCUGGCGAGAUUGGUCUCCCACGAACGAGUGGGGCGGCUCAGCCCCUGCCUGCCUGGGAAGCCCCCAGAGUUCGAGGAUUGGAUUGGCAGAGCGCGGCCCCCCGCCCCCCCCCAGACCCCCCCCGCCGGCACCAUCAAGGUGGAGCAGGAGAAACAGCCGGCAGUGAAGGCCCCCCCUGACCCCCCCCAAACGACUAACGAAGCAAUUAACGGGCGGAGAGCGGGGGCAGAGCAGCAGCGGGGCAAACGGGUUGCUGAGGAAUGA